CAGUGGGAGACUGGGAGACGUCCACUACCACCACCGCAUUUUCCUCCUUCAGUUGGAUUCUCUCUCUUUCUCUCUCUACAUUUCAGUCGGCCAGUGUUUGUUACUUUGUUCUAUCCAUCCAUAGUAAUUGAAAAGGAAACUCGUAUCACUCAAUCGAAUUUUCCCAAAUUAAUAAGAAAGUCCAAUCCAUUUUCCGAUUCGAUUCCAUGACAAGAAAACCGCCUCGGUGGUUACGCUAUUACAGAUAUUUCGAGAUUAUAAACAACCCCUCAAACUUUUCCCAGAAGAAAAAACAGAAAUCUAGAGAGAGAAACAGAGUUGUUUACUCAUAGUUUGCAAUGUUUCGAGUGAGCAACAAUUUGAUCGGAAUCUUAAACAUCUUGAGUUUAAUCUUAUCGAUUCCAAUCCUUGGCGGAUCAUGGUGGCUCAGAGAGCAUGCGAGUUCCGAUUGCCAGAAAUUCAUAGAAACCCCCCUUUUAGUAGUGGGAGGAUUUCUGUUUUUGGUUUCAUUGAUAGGAUUGAUCGGUUCUUGUUGCAGAGUUUCAUUGCUUCUAUGGAUUUAUCUAUUUGUUACGUUCGUGUUGAUCUUAGGGCUUUUUGUUUUCACUAUUUUCGCCAUCGCCGUCACUAACAAGGGCGUCGGGAAAGUGAUUUCAGGGAGAGGGUAUAAGGAUUAUAGGCUUGGAGAUUACUCAAAUUGGUUGCAGAGACAUGUCGUUGAUGGAAGUAAUUGGGUUAAGACCAAGAGUUGUUUGAUUGAAACUCAUGUCUGCUCGAGUCUCGGCAAUGAUUUUUAUGAUCUUCAGGCUUCUCAGUUCUACCAGAAGAAAUUUUCUCCUAUCCAGUCUGGUUGCUGCAAGCCCCCUACAGACUGUGGUUUCAUAUACAAGAAUGCAACCUUCUGGGUGGCACCGAAAUUGGGCCCAGCGGUACCAGAUAGCGACUGCACAACAUGGAGCAACAACCAGGAAACACUGUGCUAUGACUGUAAGUCAUGCAAAGCAGGGGUUUUGGCUAAUUUGAAGAAAGACUGGAGAAAGUUAGCCAUCCUCAAUGUGUCUGUCAUUAUAAUUCUUCUUAUUGUAUACUCUGUUGGCUGCUGCGCUCUCAGAAACAAUCGAGAAGAUAAUGGCUACAAGAGAUACAGACCCUACCAACCCUGAAUUAGCAAUGGUCAUCCUGAAAUGAUCUGUAGAUUUUUUUUUUUUUGAUUGAAAACAGAAAGGAAGAAUUCUUUGUUGUUAGCAACUCUUUUAUUUAAAUAUUUAUUAGAUUAACUUGAUUAAUAUGCUGUCAAGGUGACUGACCCUUCUA